AUGAGCACCGAAGGACCAGCUAGUUUGAAGGGCCACAAGUACCCGGCCAGAGAGCAUAAUGCUCGUGUUUUGAAACACUUUAAACAGAAGAAGCAGCUUAAGCUGGCUGAAAAGCUUGCGUUUUUUAUGAGCGGUGAGGACUUGGAGCUUUGGCAGUACUCCGACCAGACAAAGCCUAUUCGUCAGAACAGAUACUUUUUCUACUUGUCUGGAGUGGAGAUUCCUGGUUCCCAUGUGUUGUAUGACGCUGCCAACGAUAAGUUGACGUUGAUCCUUCCAGACAUUGACUACGACGAUGUGAUGUGGUCUGGCUUGCCAUUACUGCCUGAAGAUGCCUUGAAGAAGUUUGAUGUGGAUGAAGUCAAGUACGCUACUGACCUUGAAAAGAUCGUGGGUGGUCUUAAAGGAUACACCAUUCACACCACUGACCACAACAAGUACAAUGCUCGUGUGCAUCUGUUCUUGACUGAACAGGACCCAGACUUCUUCCAUGCCUUGGACGAGUCCAGACUCAUCAAGGACUGGUACGAGAUUGAAUUGAUGAGACACGCUUCUUUCAUCACCGACAAGUGCCACCUUGCUGUUAUGUCUGCUACGCCAAUUGAAACUAACGAGACCCAUAUCCAUGCUGAGUUCAUGUACCAUGCUCUUAGACAAGGCUCCAAGUACCAGUCCUACGACCCUAUCUGUUGCUCUGGUCCAAACUGUUCCACCUUGCACUAUGUCAAGAACGAUGACGAAAUUGAGAACAAGAGAUCUGUGCUCAUAGACGCUGGUGCUGAAUGGAGCUGCUACGCUUCUGACGUUACCAGAUGUUUCCCUAUCAACGGUGACUGGACCGAGGAGCACCUUACCAUCUAUAACCUUGUCUUGGACAUGCAGCGCAAGACCAUGGACAUGAUCAAGCCUGGUGCUCGUUGGGACGAUAUCCAUUUGACUGCCCACAGAGUCAUGAUCAAGGAGUUCAUCAGAUUGGGUAUUUUCAAGGACUACCCAGAGCAAGAGAUCUUCGAUUCGAGCAUCUCUGCUCGUUUCUUCCCACACGGUCUUGGUCACGUCUUGGGUAUGGACACUCACGAUGUCGGUGGACGUCCUAACUACGACGACCCAGAUCCAAAGUUGAGAUACUUGAGAUUGCGUCGUACUCUUAAGGAAGGUAUGGUGCUUACCGAUGAGCCAGGUGUGUACUUCUCUCCAUUCUUGUUGAAGGAUGUGCUUGAGGACCCAGAGAAGGUGAAAUACAUCAACACUGAUGUUCUCGACAAGUACUACUCUAUUGGUGGUGUCAGAAUUGAGGAUGACUUGCUUAUCACCAAGGACGGUUUCGAGAACUUCACCAAGAUCACUUCUGACCCACACGAGAUCUCUAAGAUCAUCAAGGAGAGCACCGCUCAGGGUAAGGACAGAUUCCACAAUGUGAUUUAA